AUAAGUGAUGUGAUUUAUGAAUUUUCAUUUCUCGAAUUCAACUUUUCAGAAUUAUCUCUUUUGUGAAAUGGUGAAAUCUACACAAACAAUUUGGCAAAGAAUUCAGAGAUUAUGGUUUCCGGUAACGGUGGAACCCGUUAUUUUUCUUUAUGCAGUUUCUCUUGGGUUGAAUGAGGUUAUUAGAUCAAAUCUUAUUAUACAGAAACUUUGCCAAAGUAAACUGAACUAUACUGAAGAAAUAUGUGAUGAUUUGGGUUCUCAGAAUAAUACACAAAUUGCAGAGGAAGUUCGGUUAAAUGUUACAGAGUACGAAACUCUUUAUGGAGGACUCGCCUUCCUCCCAAGAAUUCUGUAUGGAUUAAUGGCCGGAACCUGGUCAGAUAGAAACGGAAGGAAAAAACUGAUUGGUUUACCACUGUUGGGUCAGCUUCUCGCCACUCUAACCUAUCUUCUAAACUACUUUUUUAUCUCGCAACUCCCAUGGCAGACAUUGUAUCUUGAACUUUUAAAUGAUUCUUGUGGAACUUAUGUGGCAAUAUAUAUUGGUUUAUAUAGUUAUAUCACAGAUAUAACAGAGGAAGAUGCCAUGUCUUUUCGUCUGGGAAUACUAGAUGGUGCUGAUUAUACAAGUACAGCUGUUGGCACACUUAUAAGUGGUCCUAUCUUCUUGUACGGAGGUUACUAUGCAGUGUUUGGGUCUGGAAUGUUAAGUUGUGUACUCGGAAUUAUUUAUCUCACCUUCGGUGUAAAGGAGUCUCUGAACAUCGGACAUGGUGUUAAUGUCGAGACAGAGCUGCAAGGUUCAGAGGUUCACAGAAACUAUGGAAGUCAAACUAUUUCACCAAUUCAGGAGGAAAACAUGAAACCACUAGACAGACCAGUUUAUAUAACAAGCAUUCUUUACAUUUUUGAAAGUUUGAAAACUGUUCUAAAGAGUAGAAAGUAUCCAAGAAAAACUAUUCUAUUUCUUGGUAUCUUUAACUUUGCCUGCUACAUUUUCACUUAUAAUGGAACAGAAGGAACCCACAGGUAUGCAUACGCCCGUAUGAAAUAUGGAUGGUCGGAGCAGGAGUUUACAAGAUACCUAUUCAACUAUAGAAUAGGUUACAUGGUGGCGUUAUGGGUAGUCUCUCCUAUACUCUCCAGAAUAUUGAAUAUCCCUGAUCCUGUAAUUUCAAUCAUGGCCUGCUGUUCAUCCAUCAUAGGAUUUAUCCUACCUGCUGUAACGCAGAGCUCAACCUGGUUCACGGUGGGCUCCUUCAUCUGUAUGUUCUCUCCUCUUACCACCAUCAUGACCAGAGCAGUUCUGAGCAAAACAGUGCCAGGAGAUGAGAUAGGACGGAUAUUUUCAGUUCUCUCUCUUUUCUCCGCCAUUAGUGGAUCACUGGUAGAAUCUGUUUUCCAGAGUGUUUUUGGAGCCACUGCUGAUACAUUUCCUGGAGCUUAUCUUUUAUUACUUGCAGGACUUCUUGGGCUGACAAUCCCUGUGAAUUUGAUGAUUCUCCUUUUCUUUAGAAGAAUGGAGAAAUCAAACCUUCAACAAGAAGAAACCCAAAUAUCAACAGGAGACGCUAUUUUUCAAAAUUUCUAAGAUGUAACAUUUUUCAUGUUAUUGUUAUUUAAGACUUUAGAUAUUUUUAUCACAAUUGGUGCGAAAAUAAUGACGAAAGAUUUUAAAACCACUCUCAAAGUGAUGAUUUGUCUACUCUAACCUCCUUCAAGUGCACUGAAUUAUUGCAAGAAACCGUUCUAAUGUUCAAUAUUAAGAUAAUUAAAAUAAAUUUGCGACAUCAAUUCAUCAAAAUCCUCACAAUUUUAACAACAAAUAAAUGAUAUUAUAAAACGUA